AGCUCUCGAAAAUUAUGGUUGUUGUUCACGGUGGACACUUUUCGCCGAAUCGUGCAAUUUCACUCUUUAUACGUAACCUUAAGGACACCUCGAAAACUGGAAUUUAGAAAGUGGUAAAGAGUGACCUUGCGAUGCAGCCUGCUGUCCACCAUUCGCCAUUAUACCGUCAACCGAGGAAUACUGAACGCUUUGAGAUAUAUGAUACAGACCUUUCUCGCAUUAUUGCUCGAAAUCGAGCACCUGCAACGCACACGCCGUUCCGAACUGUGGAGCAUCAAUCGGUAUCGCAGAUCGAUGCGUUAAUUUAUGACCACACUGUUUCGGCGGUAACCAUAGAGUGAUCGUAAACGUAGAUCCAGACUGUGCACGCCAACUAGCAAUAGCGAUGCAUGCAGUGUGGGAGAAAACUGGCAAGUGGAUUUAACGACACUCGAUCAACGUUGAAGUCCAGUUGGCCUACAAGCGUAGAGCGAUUUUUAACGUUGAUCCGAGUCGUGGAUAUUGCGCCAUUGAAGAUACAGCUAGGGAACUGGAUUUAUCGAGGUACCAUGACGCAUAAGAAACACAUCAGCGAUGUUCAACCAGCCACUGUCGACGAGCAUUUUCAAUUAAUCUUGGAGGAUAGAGACGUGAUUGACUCAGAGUUCUCGAAGGUAACAUCGGCUGAUUUACCAGAAUGGUUUGAUGAAUAUUUAUUCAAGAAAGGCCAGGAGUAUUACAUGGGAAACUUACUAGGAUUCGGGGUUGCACAUAUAACAGGUCUAACAGCAAUAAUGUCCGUUCCAGACAUACUGGAGGUUCUCCUGUACACGAAACGGAGUAGCACGAUAAACCUAGCUUACAAGCGAUUCACCGAAACGUUGUUGCUCAUGUAUGCACUCUUUUAUUCGGACAUGCUCGACCCGAAUUCGAAGUGGUUCAAGGCGCUGAACGUGAUUCGAUGGAGACACGCGAACGUCAGCAAGAGACGUGUUGAACAGGGUCUUCAUGGUAUAUAUCAAAAGGACAUGGCGAUCACGCAAUUCGGUUUCAUAGGGUUCAUCUUUAUAUGUCCCGAGCGAGUGGGAUUAGUCUAUGGUACGCGAGAAGAGAAAGAAGGAUUCAAUCAUUUUUGGCAGGUCACGGGACACUUACUGGGUAUAUCGGAUAGGAUAAAUAUUUGCAGAAAGACAGUGUCGGAAACUGUGGAACUGUGUAGAAGAAUACGAAAAGAGAUAUUGGCAAAACACCUGGAAGAACCGCGCCAGGAAUUUCUAGACUUGAUGUCCAAUAUAACUAAUGGAUUGUGGUACGUCGAUUUCUCAAUCAACGAAGACGCCUUUAUGCACUUCACAUACGACAUAACGGGAUUAAAAUAUAAGAAACCUCUCGGAUGGUACGCCUAUUUGAAUCUAAAGCAACGCGAAGCCAUGUUAUACAUAUGCAAUUACGCAUAUAUCGGGUGGGUCAUAAGGAUGAUAUAUAAUUGUAUGCUUGGGCUGAGUUAUUGGUUAGUUGAGAAUUACCCAAUAGUGUCAUACUUGGCCUUCGGUAGAAAACAAGCGCAGCUUAGUUUAUACCCAAAAAUAUAGCAAUAUAAUUUUCGCAAUGAAAGCAUUAGGAAUUUCGAAAAAUUUCGUAAAAUUGUAUUUCAUGUGUAAAGCGGUGGUUCGAGAGUGAUUAAUAGAUAUAAAAUUAUCAAUAAAUAGGAACAAUCGAAAUAUCGGAUAUAAAAUUUAACAUCGAAUUGCCUUUUAACAAAUUAGCAUUUAAUUAAAAUUGACCGUCAAAAUUUGAAUGUUUAUUUCCAUUACGAAUGGAGCAUAAUAAAUAUAAAAUUAUUUUACUCGUACCACCCAUUACUCGAAUGCUAUGAAGAUUUGUAUUACCUUUGGUCGAUACCACUGAGCGCGCCGAAUGAAACGUAUAUUAAUGAUUUCGAUCACUAGAGUUCGCUGUAAGUCACAUAGCUUUAAUUAUACAUUUAAGCGGUAA